CUGUACGUAUACAUUAGAAAGACAAGUUAUAUAGCAUCAGACAACAUGUUACUUACUUACACUUCUGGCACCUUUCGGAGAGUGAACUUUAUAUAUUUUAUACAUAUCUUAAAGUGAUCAGAUAUUCGACAAUGUCGUUUAAGGAUGAAAAAAUUGGAAUAAUUGGCAGCGGCUUAAUUGGUCGCAGUUGGGCAAUGCUUUUUGCUAGUGUAGGUUACAAAGUGAUUAUUUAUGAUAUUGUAAAAGAACAAAUCAAUCGUGCUCUCGAAGAUAUUCAACAGCAACUGAAGCGUCUCGAAAGUGCUGGUCUUUUGAGAGGGUCACUUACCGCAGAUCAGCAAUUUAAAUUAAUUAAUGGAUCGUCUAAUUUAGCCGAAGUUGUAAAAGGAGCCAAAUUUAUACAAGAAUGCGUUCCUGAAAAUUUAUCAUUGAAAGUUAAGGUCUACAAUGAACUUGACAAUUUAGUCGAUAAUAAAGUGAUUUUAUCUUCUUCCACAUCUACUUUCUGUCCAUCUCUGUUUAGCGAAAAAUUAAAACAUCGUGAACAAGUUAUUGUAACUCAUCCUGUAAAUCCUCCAUACUACGUGCCGCUUGUAGAGAUUGUGCCAGCUCCUUGGACUCGGGCUGAGAUACCGUUGCAAACGAAAGCUAUUAUGACUGAGAUAGGACAAACACCUGUUGUAUUUAAUAAAGAAAUUGAUGGUUUUGCACUUAAUCGAAUACAAUAUGCAAUUUUAAAUGAAACAUGGAGAUUAGUAGCUGAUGGAAUAUUAAGUGUAAAGGACGUGGAUGCAGUCAUGAGUGAAGGUCUUGGGAUGCGAUAUGCGUUUCUCGGUGCUUUUGAAGCGGCACAUUUAAAUGCAGAAGGAAUGAAGAAAUACUGUGAAACAUACAAAAAUUCGAUUUAUGAUGUAAGUAUGACGUUUGGUCCAGUUCCUAAAUUUGAAGGUGAAAUGGCAGAAAAAAUCAGCAAUGAAUUAAAUGAAAUAUGUCCACUAAACAAACUGCAAGAAAGACGCGCAUGGAGAGAUGAAGCUUUAAUAAAAUUAUCUUUAUUAAAAAAAGAAUUGAAUACAAAUAAAUAGAAUUACUAGCACAUUGACACACUGAAACUGAAUCUGUUGGCUAUUAAGUAGUAUGGUAUAAAGUUUAAAAUUCAUGUGAUUUUUUAUCAAUACAGUUUGUUUAUAAAAAAUAAUUUUACGACUUUAAUACUUAUUAAUUGAUAAAAGAUACUUUUUGGGAAAAUAA